AUGAAUUGUAAAAGCCAAAAGGAAGAAGAUGACAGUAGAAACGACAACGAGGAGGAUUUGGAAGAUGAGGGAGGUUUGAUGCAAAUAAAACGACGAGAGGUUAUUUAUGGAUCGCAUCUAGUACAAGGCAAAAUGAAUCAUGGAAUGGAGGACUAUAUCGUUGCCGAAGAACGACAUGUCGAUGACCACAAGCUAGGACUAUUUGCAAUAUUUGAUGGCCACUCCGGUCGCGAUGUCGCAGAGUACUUGCAGAGCCAUCUGUUUGAUAACAUCUUGAGCCAGCCUGAUUUCUGGGAAGACCCUGAAGGAGCAAUCAGGAGAGCAUAUAAAGCAACAGAUGAAGAGAUUUUGGCUAAAAAAGUGAGAAAGAGAGGAGGUUCAACAGCAGUCACUGCUAUACUAAUUGAUGGACAUAAGCUAAUUGUGGCUCACGUAGGCGACUCACGGGCGGUGAUAUGCAGGAAUGGCUCAGCGAAGCCUAUUACGGUUGAUCACGAACCAGAGAAGGAGAAGGAGCUUGUCGAGAGCCGAGGCGGGUUUGUUGUACAAAUGCCAGGAAGUGUGCCACGGGUGGAUGGUCAGCUAGCAAUGUCAAGGGCAUUUGGUGAUGCAAAGCUGAAAGAACACGUUACUUCAGAACCAGAUAUCAGGAUCCUCACUAUUGACAAUGAGACUGAGUUCACCAUUUUGGCCAGUGAUGGCCUCUGGAAGGUGAUGUCAAACCAGGAGGCUUGUGAUUGCAUCAGAGAAAUGGCUAUGGAUGCUCAAAAGGCUUCAGAGGAAUUGAUCAAAAAGGCAUUGUCUAAGAUGAGCUACGAUGACAUUUCCUGCAUUGUUGUUACCUUCCACUGAACAUCUCCAUCCCUCUUUGUAUUUUCGGAGGAGUUUAUGAAAUGGCCAUUGAUGCUCAGAACAGUUGUGUUUUGACUGUAUAAGAUUUCUGGCCAAUCACUUUCUU